AUGAACAAAUUUCCCACGGGAAUCCGCGUCGCCCAAGCCGUAGGCUUAACCGGCGCUGGUUGGUUAGCCGGCAACAUCGCCGGCUACAGUCUCGUCUCAAUCCCCGCCCUCCUAACCUCGCACCACGAACACGGCGCACCCAUCCAUCUAAUCGUCAAACAAUGGCGCGACAUGUACAACACAGGCAAAGCCCAAAACCCGCCCAUUGCAGUCAUCACCGCCGCUGCAUUCGCCUACCUCGCCUGGAGCGUCCGCGAAUCGACGACACCCCUCGCCGUCCUCGCGCCCAGGAAUGCGACGGCGCUGUAUAGUGCUGCGGCGGCACUGACGGUCGCGAUUGUGCCGUGGACGCUGGCGGCCAUGAGCGGGACGAAUGCGCAGCUGCUUGAGCGCGCAAGUGCCAAGGGGUGGACUCCUACUGAGGAGGCCGCGGAGGAGACGGAGGAUUUGUUGCAUAAGUGGACGUUUUUGAAUGCGGUGCGUGGGCUGUUUCCGCUCGUUGGCGGGGUUAUGGGGUAUCUUGCUCUCUAA